AUGCGGUGUGUUGCAUUUUUUGAUGAAGCAAAAGGACUAAAUGCUAAGGAAAUGUCAAAGCUUCAUAUAGAAACCUCAUCAUGGGAAACAAUGAAGCAGCAUCCAAAGCAGAAAGUUAUUGACAUCCUUCACCCUCAAGAACAAGACACAGAAAUGGUGGGACAGCAACCAGAACAAAAGGAGAGACACAUCUCUUACUUUGGUUGUGUUGCUCAAGUCUUUCUCUUUACCUUCUUCGUAGGUUCUGACUUCUCCCUCCUCACAGUUAUGGCAUAUGAUCGGUAUGUUGCUAUUUGCAAUCCACUGCAUUAUGAGAUGGUGAUGAAUUGGAAAGCCUGCACUAAAAUAAUGAUUUUGGUAGGGGUCACAGGUCUUGUUUAUGGAAUUUUACAUACCAUUGGUACCUUUUCCAUCCCUUUCUGUUCUAAUGUUGUCAGUAAGUUUUUCUGUGAAAUUCCAGAAUUGCUGAAGUUAUCCUGCUCUGGAUUCAAUGUAGUUGAAGUUGGAGUUAUAGUGGCCAGUAUUACUGCCGCAUUAGGUUCUUUUAUUUUGAUCCUUGUGUCUUAUGCCAUGAUCUUCAAGGCAGUGUUGAAAAUCCCUUCUGUGAAAGGAAGGCAGAAGACCUUCUCUACUUGUUUUCCCUAUUUUAUAGUCUUUUCUAUGUUUUUGGUAUCUGGAUGCUUGGCUUAUCUGAGACCUCCCUCUAACACCUCAUCUUACUUAGAUUUAUCAUUAACUGCCCUAUAUUCUUUGCUUCCACCCCUGUUCAAUCCAAUCAUCUAUAGCAUAAGAAAUAAGAAUAUCAAAUCUGUCCUGUCUAAAUUAUGGAGAUUCUAA